UUUCUCUGCAAAAGUCUUCUGAGCUGGUAUUUGAUGAUUCUCCUCAUUUUCUUCCUCGGUUAAGGAGAUUCAAUCAGCUAUUCGUUGUUGACUUAAAGAGGGUAGGUGUAAAGAGUAGUUCAUCCAUAAACUACAAAGAUCUUCUCAUGCGCCUUCCACCUUCCCUUCGACCCCAGAUGCUGUCUCAGGUGGUUACGGAGGAAUUUGUUGACUCUUCAGAGGGCAGUGAAUCUGCAGUUAAGCUUCGUAUCGCAGCUUCACUGGAAAGACAACUUUGCUCAGAGCAGUUCUUUCGUGGAAUUGUGAGGCUUAUUCGACAUGAGAACAACGAAAAUCGAAUUCUCAAUGAAGAUGUUCUCGCUUCUAUAAAAGACAGACUAAGAAGCAUCGAAUUCCUUGGACUAAACAGAAUUGAAACAAAACUGGUGUGUCAAGGUGUUCACAUUCCCGAUAGCAAAGUUGAAGUUUCGCACUUCGUAAACAAGGUUUCAGCAACAGACGGCAAAAGUAUCUGGAAGGUCUAUGUUAGAACUGAUGUAGAUGAAAACUUCUUCGAAUUAUAUUCGGCUGUAACGGAAGUGAUUGCUAAAGCAUGCGAAGGACUGUUAGGAGAAGCAGUGAUGUUUGUUCAAGAGAUGUUACGCAUCGAUCCCCGUCAGAUCGGGUCCAUGUUGGAUAGGAAGAACAUUAGGCAAGAUGAUACAUACAACGGGUCCAGAAGCAAUCCCCUACCACUUCCCGGAAGUUUUAUCCCAGUAGAAGACCACCAUCUCUUGAACGAAGAGUUUGAGAAAAUCGCACCAGGGGAGUUUGUUGGUUAUGAAAUGGAGGAUCCAAGCAUGCAACAGAGAGAAGGAGAUGCAACAUUUAUUUAUGCCGUGAUAUUAAAAGAAGUAAAUGCUCAAGAAAACAGAAGCCUUCUUUCAAAGUAUUAUUUGGUCAACGUAGGCAACGACAAAGAGCCUCAAGAAGUCGAGUUUGCAGACUUGUAUAAGUUUCACCGACUCCAGUCUUCUCCGUUAGGCCUAUCAGAUGGGCUUGAGAAAGGUAACACUAAAGACAAAGAGAUGAUUUUUAAGCAGACUACAGAGAUCCUGGUUGAAGCAUGGCAACUACCUGAAAAAAGGCGCAGGAAAAUUGUCAAGCGACUGUUCCUUAGAUGGCAUCCAGACAAAAAUCCUGGAGAAAAAUCAUUGUGCAACGAGGUUUUACAGCACAUCCAGGAAGAAAUAGCAAGGUUAGAAAGAAUCCAAGGCGACGUAAUAGAUGGCCAAAGCUGUUACAAACCGUUUUUUGAUUUCUGGAGAGUACGCGCCAAGCGUCAACAUAUGCAUCGCGAAAACUACAGGAAGAACUAUCGACGAAUGUACACCUCUAGUGAUGAAGCCCUGAGAGGUGAUUCAUCUUCAGGUGUUCCCCCAAGUUUUUGCACGAAGAAUCCUCAGCCUGGUGAGGCUAGACGAUGGCUUAGACAAGCCGAGGCUGACCUGGUAGCUGCCAGUAAUGACUUAUCUAGUGGAAACCCAUCUUAUGAGUGGGCGUGCUUUAAAUGUCACCAGAGUGCCGAGAAGGCUCUGAAAGCAGCGCAAUAUGCAGAUGACGCAUUCAAGAUAAAUCGUCACGAUCUCAGACUAAAUGCCUCACGGCUGGACGAUUCCGAACUGUCGAAACUUGCAACUGAGCUGGAGAAUCGAUUGGUCGAUUCAACAAACAUGCGCUACCCAGAUCGACUGCGCUUUCCUCAGAUUCCAAAAGAUGUAUAUUCAGUUGAGGCCGCUAGAGAGGCCCUGAGACUAGCGAGAGAAAUUCUGCAGAGAGUUCGCAAUUUGAUACCAAAAUAGACGUGGCGUUAAACACAUAUCAUUUUAAGAUGCACAGUAGGAAUAC